GCCCUCCAAUUUCCUAUGUAAAUGAGGUCGAAAUCAUAGUUUGGCGACUCGGUAACUUAAGCCCCUGUAUUCUACCUCGUACUUUCAGUGAAAACAGCGUGUUUGCCGCCAUUUUUCCGAAAUGGAUGGUGAUCAGACAUCGGUCCGAGUCGUGGUACCGGACAUUUCCGAACAGCUAACGAACAAGUCCGAUGAACAAGUCCGUGGUUCUUUGGCCUCGGAAGAUCACGCUAACACCGUUUCUGUUACACAAGUCACGGUUCCCGUAUCAUCUGUGCCCGUAUCGCUACCGGUGGGUUCCUUGAUUGGAGUUUCAAGCUCUGGGACUUUCAAUGUCAUCACUUCGGAUCAAUUGCAGCUUGCUGGCUCAGGAGAUGUUAAGCAGGUCCUAUGUGGCACACUUAUAUGCGAAGCAGAAUCAGAACCAGAAAAAGAUGAGGAGUCAUCAAGAACUUGGAAUGGUGACAAAACGGCUGAAGUAUCUUUGCAAGAAGAUGAUCAGGGAGACAUGGAUGCACCAAAUACUUCCCAAUCUUGGACAGAUUAUGCUAACAUGUCGAUUUUACCUGUGAGAUGCAAGAACACCAAUGCGGAGCUUCACAAGAACAGGUUUGGGUCAGGAGGCAGAGGAAGAUGUGUCAAACUCGGUGCUCAGUGGUAUACACCUAGUGAGUUUGAAGCUCUGUGUGGGAGAGCAUCCAGCAAGGAUUGGAAAAGGAGUAUCAGAAUUGAUUCCAGAUUUGGUGGCCGGAGCCUUUGGACAUUGAUAGAUGAGGGUGUGCUAACUCCUCAUGCUACAAGCUGCACAUGUUCUGCUUGUUGUGAUGAUGAAACAGCUACUGGACCAGUUAGGUUGUUUACUCCUUAUAAACGAAGAAGACGAAAGGAUGGAGAAGAUAAUGGGAGAAGUCAAAAGAUAAAGUUGGACAUUAAGGGAGAGCACAGUGACGAAGAUGGAGGUGAGACGUCAGCAAAGGAAUCAUCAAACCGCACACUCAGCUCACAUUUUGAUACUAUUAUAUCAGAUGCCAUCAUGGAUGACAAGGAUGCCUCCUGGCAAGGUGGACAGUUCAAUGCCUCAGUUUCAAGCACUUCUGGAGGUCAGGCUUCCCAGACAGUUACUGUCAUGGCACCUACCAUGUUAACAGCCCAAACAACUGUUGAUCAACUCCAGUCUGCUCAAGAAUAUCAAGUUUCAAUUCAAUCUCAAGUCCGAACACAAGCCGCUCAGUCAUCAUCUAGUGCAUUCCACAGACUAGAUGACAUUGCAAGUAAAAUGCAAAAAUUAACCAACCAAUUUCGGAAAGCUGUAGAGGAAGCGCGGGAAUUGUGUCGUUUAGAGAAAGAACAAAUUAGUAGAGAAAAUCAGGCAGUCAUUGAAAAUUCAGUCGCCAGAGCUGUGUUUGAAACUAGGGGAGGCCUACCAGUUGUUGUUGAUCCUAUAGAAGCAGUAGGACUAGAACCAACCACAGGAGCCCCAAGUACAGAAAGUAAUUCCGAUACCAAAAAGUGUGCCAACUGCAACCGAGAGGCGUAUGCAGAAUGUUCUUUGUGCCGUAGGACUCCAUACUGUUCAACUUUCUGCCAACGGAAAGAUUGGGCGGGACACCAAGUGGAAUGUGUUAGAACUGCUAGUGCAGAACAGAAUGGUCAGCAAAUAAUGCUGAUAGUAGAAAGUUCAGAGCAAGUGCUUGGCCAUACCGAAUAAAUUUUGCUUGAACACCCAGCCCACAAUUAUCAGCACUCAAUGCAAUUGUUUUGCAAAAUAUCAUAUAGCUGGAUGUGAAAACAAUAUAAACUUCAAUGAAUUAACGUAGUAACCGAUGUAUUAUCAUUAUCCCGCAAAAUUUAGAUCUUUUACCUGUAACUGUACUGCAUUUCCAAUUUGGGAAUUGCUUUUCAGUUUGUAUGGCUGUGCUGAGUGGUUGAUUGAAUUUAGACUGAAUGUGAUGAACAAUGCUGCUGGACUGGAUGUAAAUAAGUGCUUGACUUAUCAUUUCUGUAGGUAAUUGUUAAGUGUUUGUAUAAAAUGUUCCCUUGUCAUCAGUAGUAGCUAACAUUUUAAUGAAAAGACUGGUUAUCUUUCUCAAGAAUAACCUUGUAUCUGUGCUUUUCCUGUCUUAUUUAUUGAGUCCAAUUUUACUAUUAUCUACAUUGAUUUAUUUUGUAAUUGUCAAGAACUUUACUGCAAACUUCUUUUGACACCGAUCUGUUAUUUCAUAUCAAGAAAUUCAAUUUUAAAGUAAGUCUAGUGAUUCAGUGAUGCAAAUAGUCCUUAAGUUUAUUGUACAAUUUAUAUUUGAUUUAUGAAAUAGAAAGAAAAUUGAGCUUCUGUGCACACUUGCAUUUACAACACUGUGUUGGAACUCUGCUCUUUCCUUUUAAGUCAUGAAUAAGGCUUAUCUGCUUACCCUCUUUCUUAAUGUAACUUGUUGGAGUUACCGGAUUGUUUCCAAAUGAUCUCUAAUCAACAUAUUUGCUUAAUUGUCUUUUAUUUACUUUUUAGCUGUCAUUUGUCAUUAAUUAAGUUGAUUAAAUAUUAUACACAGUUUAUGGGAAUGUUUGACAACCUGUUCAAACUGGAUGUAUAGAAUGUUUCCUCUUUAAUUCAUUUUGCUUUGUCAGGUGGUAUUUAUUGUUUAAUAAAAUAUCUUCCAAA